UAUUGGUGAGAGGGAGUUUCAGUUUCUGAGGGAAUACUGUGCCAUCAUGAAGCCUCUCACAGUUGCUCUUGAUAUACUGCAAGGAGAAGAAAACUGUUACUAUGGCACCCUCCUGCCCACAAUAGAAGUUUUGAUGUCGAAGCUACUGGAGAUAAAAGAAGGCCUGAUUAUUGCAACUGGCCUACCUGAUGCCAUAGUUCAGGCAAUCAAAACACGAUUUGCAUCCCUCUUGGAAAGCAAUGAUGCAAUACUGGCAGCUGUCACACUUCCUAUGUUCAAACUGCGAUGGUUGAGAGACCAGAGGAAAAAAGAAAUGGUCAAAGGAAUGCUGGUAGCAGAGUGUCACAAGCUCAUCCCUCGACCUGGCCCUGUUCAGCAAGCAGCCAAGAUGCCUGUGUCUCCGACAACACCAGACUCAAGCUCCUAUAAUGUGCAGGACUUUUUCUGUUUUGAGGAGGCUGGUGAUGAUACCUUCAGCACAGUGGAAACUGAAGUAAUUACCUACUUGAGAACAGCCGAAACAGGGAUGGAGAUUCUUAAACAAUUUCCCACAAUAAAGGAAAUUUCUCUGAAGAAAAAUGCAGCUACUCCAUCCAGUGCUCCUGUAGAGAGACUUUUUAGCCUGGGAAGUCUGGUACUGUCUCCAAAGAGGAACAAGCUGUCUGACCAAAGGUUUGAGAGACUUCUUCUCAUGCGGUACAACCACUGGUUUGAAGGGUAAAACUGAACUUAAAUGUUCAUUCAGGUCCUUGCUAGUAAGCACCUUUUGUUGUUUCAAAUAAAUAAGCACACAUUUGUUAUUAAAAAAAAUAUUUGUUUGUUUAAAAUAAUGGUUAGUUUAGUAGCCACAGUUACA